AUGUCUGGUCUAGAGUUAGUGAUGCAGCGAAAGGUGCUUGUCAUUGGACAUUCCACUUACUCAGAAGCAGUCGAAUAUCUUUACAAGUCGAAUUAUUUCUUCAUAUCGACCAGCCUAGAAGACUAUCCAACUACAGGUUAUCUCUCGUACUUCUUCCUACCCCAACGCAUGGCCCAGGUCACCAAUCUCAGCAUUCAUUGGGACGUUGACUACCAGCAAUACUUUCAAGUGAACCUGAUGCGCGAACGCCAUAGGUGCGAAUGGUUCAGAUCAUGGGAAGCGCUUAGCCGACUGACUGGUCUCCGGCGGCUACACAUAAAACUCUACUUUUGUCUAGACCUUUGGGACCACUGUUAUGGCGAAUUCUGGACACAGAAUAGUAGGGACUUACUGGCACCCAUCAAGGACAUCACUGCGCCAAGAGACUUUGCCAUCACUCUUCCUAACUGGAGAUGUUCAACCAAAAUCGAUGUCGGCAAUUCCAGAUGCAUCUUCAAGCUACCAGAAAGAGAUAGUUCUGACACCGAUGACGAUUCUGUCUAG